UACGUCAACAUCCCAAAGUACUUGAAAUGCAUUUUAAGAAAGGAGUAAAGAGAGCUGAGAAGUCUAAUGCAAUUGACAAUUAUGUAAAUGAAACAGUUGGACAGGAUAUGGAGACAUCUGCAUGGGAGAGUAUGCUAGAGAAACCACCUGAACAGUUAACACAGUCUGAGCGUGAGCAGUGGUUAUCAAAACUGAAAGGUGUAGCACUAAGUUCUGAUGCAUUCUUUCCAUUCCGUGAUAAUAUUGACAGAGCAUAUCAGAGUGGUGUUCAAUACAUUGCUUCACCAUCGGGAUCAACUCAAGACCAGGUUAUAACUGAAGCAUGUGACGACCAUUCCAUUGCAUUAGUAUUCACAAAUACCAGACUAUUCCAUCACUAGAUAUGACAUCAUGUGAUGUCAUACAACACUGGAUUGAGAUAAAUGCAUGCAACUGAAUGAAAUAGACCCUGUGAAUCCAACAACUACUGUAGAAUACUUUAUUUUCACUGGGAAUUAAUUUUUGCUAUUUUUGCUGAAAGACUGGUUCAGUGAAAAUAAAAUCCAGCAAAUAUACUGUUGUUCCUAUAUUUUACAUUCAACUCAUCAAAAAUCAGGGAAAGUAAAUUCCACACAAAACACCCAACAAGCUUAUUCAGCAAAAAUUAGUUCCUGCUAAAGUAAAGUAUUUUACGGUAAGAUACAACAAAACCAUGAUACACAGAUCUACAAGCGACAACUU